UCCCGGAUAGACAGGGAGGAGCUGUGUGCCAAGAAUGCUGACUGUGUUGUUCAUUUGGAGGUGAUUGUAGAGAAACCACUGAGAUUCUUCCAUGUGGAGGUUGAAAUCAAAGAUAUUAACGACAAUGCUCCCAUCUUUUCUGCAAGGGAACAGAUUCUGAGCAUAUCAGAACUGAUAACAGCAGCAGGGACGCAAUUUCCCUUAGAGGGAGCCUCUGAUGCAGAUAUUGGUACUAAUGCUCUGUUAACCUACAGGCUCCCUCCAAACAACCAUUUUGUUCUUGAUUCAGGAAAUGAUGAAGAUGAGAGUGAAUCUGUAGUACUUGUACUGAAGAUUCCACUUGACAGACUAGUCAUCAAUGUGCUGGAUGUAAAUGACAACCCUCCUGUAUUUAAUCAAUCCAUUUACAGGAUAAAGUUGCCAGAAAAUACAGCUAGUGGGACAUUAGUUAUUGAUCUGAAUGCUACAGACUUAGACGAAGGGAUUAAUGGAGAAAUUUCUUAUUUUUUUAGCAAUAGGCUAGCUCUAUAUGUCAGAAAGAUAUUUAGUAUAAAUUCCAAUACUGGGGAAAUCAGUGUGAUUGGAAAUUUGGAUUAUGAAGAUAUUAAUUUCUAUGAACUUCAAAUUGUGGCAGAAGAUAAGGGUACUUUAUCUGGACAUUAUAAGGGUACUUUAUCUGGACAUUGUAAAGUUCUCAUUGAAGUGUUGGAUAUGAAUGACAAUAUUCCAGAAGUGUCUGUGAAUUCUCUCUCUGUGCCAUUGCCAGAAGACUCCACACCAGGGACUGUAGUGGCUAUCAUCAGUGCUUCAGACAAGGAUUCUGGCACCAAUGGACAAGUAAGUUCUUUCCUAAGGCCUAUUGGGCUACCCUUCAAAUUGGAGUCCACAUUCAAAAACUACUACUCCCUGAUUGUUGGUGCACCUCUAGAUCGGGAGCAGGUGGCUGAAUACAGGAUAGUAGUAACAGUACAAGAUCAAGGCAUUCCACCACUUUCUUCUAGCAUCAGCCUCUUACUGCCUAUCAGUGACAUAAAUGAUAAUGCUCCAGCAUUCACACAGCCCUCCUACACAGUCUUUGUGAAGGAGAACAAUCCCCCUGGUGCUCACAUCUUCACAAUAUCCGCCUCAGAUCCAGACGUAGCUGAGAAUGCCAUGAUCACCUACUGGAUAGAUGAAAAGCUCUGGCGAUUGUCAAGCUAUAUCUCUGUACAUUCAGAGAGUGGGAAGCUCUAUGCUUUGCAACCUUUGGACUAUGAGGAGUUGAAAUUGCUGGAGUUCCAGGUGAGAGCCAAGGAUGCUGGAUUACCCUCCUUAUGUGGGAAUGCAACAGUUCAAGUCUUUGUGAUGGAUGAGAAUGACAAUGCACCUGCUGUGUCAAGAUCUGCUGAAGAGAACCCCAUUCUUCUGCUGGUUCCUAUGAUGCCUGGCCAUAUUGUAGGCAAAAUCCAUGCCUUGGAUGCGGAUUCUGGAUACAAUGCAUGGCUAAGAUAUGAACUGAUUGAAGAAAGCAGUGGUCCAUGGGCCGUGGGUCAGUACAGUGGUGAGGUGAGUACCAAAUAUUCUCUGGAUGAGACAGAAGGAAGCAAAAUCCAGAGUGUGCUGGUUCUUGUAAAGGAUCAUGGGAAGCCUCCACUCUCAGCCACAGCUACCCUGAGUGUGUCACUGGUGACAAAUGCCCAUGCAAUCAAGACAGACAUUCAUCUUCACCGGUCAGGGGAGACCUUCAUGCCCCUGGUGAACUCAAUCAACAUAUAUCUGAUCAUUGCCAUCUGUUCUGUUUCCAGUCUGUUCCUGCUAGCCAUUCUCAUGUAUGUGGCCCUGCGAUGCCACUGCAAGGCAAAAGAGACCAUGAUGUAUGGCCCUGGCACAGCCACCCUGGUCUGCGCCAGUGAAGUGGGCAGCUGGUCCUAUUCCAAUCGCCACAGCCACAUCCUGGCAGGUGUGAGUGCAGAGGCUGGUGCCAAGAGUGACCUCAUGAUUUUCAGUCCCAACAUUCCUGUUUUUGCAAAUAAUGGAAGCCCCAUCCUGGCAGGUGUGAGUGCAGAGGCUGGUGCCAAGAGUGACCUCAUGAUUUUCAGUCCCAACAUUCCUGUUUUUGCAAAUAAUGGAAGCCCCAUCCUGGCAGGUGUGAGUGCAGAGGCUGGUGCCAAGAGUGACCUCAUGAUUUUCAGUCCCAACAUUCCUGUUUUUGCAAAUAAUGGAGAAUUUGAAAAUGGGACAGAACUGCCCCCAGAUGCAUCUAAAGAGGGUAAAGAUUCCUAUAAAGUUUUCGGUACUGAGACAUUUAAAUUUAGUUCCAAUUUUGAUGCAAAUACAACAAAAGCAGAUUCAUUUGAAUAUCUCCAACAAGAUAAAUGCAUCCUUAAACUACUUAUGCUGGUUUGA